GGCGCAUUUUAGCAACUGAUUAGUUUAGAGUCUUUAGACAAUCCGUUUCCAAGAUCUUCUUUUUUUGGUCUCAAAAUCUUCCAAGAUCCACUUACCGGAAAACAAGAAAUUCUUCCAAGAUUCACCUACCCAAACACAGCAAAGAAAAAACGAAUUCUUCAAAGAUUCACAGAAUCAAUUGAUCGUUUCAAAGUUCUAUAAUCUAUAUUCUAUACACACAUGUAUCUAUAUCUGUUUUAGAUAAAGUUUUUUUUUUUUUGGCGGGAAAGCUAUGGGGGCGGAGAUCUGCGAGAAAUUGAUGUGCCAAACGAUCGACAUCGAAGUGCCGACGGAAGAGAGAAGUCCGGCAUCCGCUGUAGAGAACAGAGAAGAGCUAUUCGUGCCGCCUUUGAAUUUCUCUAUGGUCGAUUAUGGUGUGUUCAGGUCUAGUUUUCCUGGUACUGCCAAUUUCUCAUUCUUGCAAACCCUAGGCCUUCGUUCAAUUAUAUAUUUGUGUCCGGAAUCCUAUCCAGAGGCGAAUCUUGAAUUUCUCAAUGCGACUGGCGUUCAGCUCUAUCAGUUUGGAAUUGAGAGUUGCAAGGAGCCUUUUGUAAGCAUUCCUGAAGAUUCAAUUCGUGGCGCGUUAAAAUUGGUUCUUGAUGAAAAAAACCACCCACUCCUAAUCCAUUGCAAAAGAGGGAAGCAUAGGACUGGUUGUCUUGUGGGAUGCUUGAGAAAACUACAAGGGUGGUGCCUGACUUCAAUUUUUGAUGAGUACCAGAGGUUUGCUGCUGACAAAGCUAGAGUAUCAGACCAGAGGUUUAUAGAGUUGUUUGACACUUCUGGCUUGGAAUAGUUCCCAACAUAGUUCUCAUAUUCAAACAGUUAACCAAUUGGAUGCGCAUUGCAUAUCCGGAUUUGCUCUUUUGAUAUUUUUUCUUUAAUUUUUUUGUUUUCAAUUUCCUGUCGACAGAAAGCCGGAUUUGCUCUUUUGAUAUUUUUUCUUUCAUUUUUUUGUUUUUAAUUUCCUAUCGACGGAAAG